AUCAACCAGUAACACAAUACAACACACUGUGUAGACAGGACAGCCAAAAGGCCUGACGAUACUGAAAAUGGGUCUGAAGGGGUCCAAGCUGCCCGAGGCGAGAGUGCUCCUCCUGGGUCUUGACGGGGCUGGCAAAUCCACCCUGCUCUACAAGCUCAAAUACAACGAACGCUUCCAGACCGUUCCGACAGUCGGCUUCAACGUGGAGAUGUUUGACGCGAAGCAGAAGAGACGGAAGAUCACCGUGACGGUGUGGGACGUUGGCGGCCAGAAGAUAAUGAGAGCACACUGGAAGAACUUCUACGAAGAAACCUCUGGCCUUCUGUUCGUGGUGGACUGUUCAGACAAGGGACGUUUGGAUGAGGCCAAACGUGAGCUGGAGCACAUCCUCAGGAGCGAGCAACUCGAGGAACUGCCCGUGGUGAUCCUGGCCAACAAGCAGGACGUGGGGGGAGCCUUAACGGCUACGGAGCUCACGGAGAAGUUCAACCUGAGGAAGGUGUGUAGCGACAGGAACUGGUUCGUCCAGCCCUGUUCGGCUGUGUCCGGCGUAGGACUGGAGGACGGUUUCAGGAGGAUGGUUCACUUCGUGAAAACCACUGAUGAUGCCAAUAUUAAAGAGACGGUCAAGUAUUUGCGAUCCAAAUCGAUGAAGACGAUAAAGAAGUAAGCGAGAUGGUGAUUUUAUUCAUUUGAUGGCGUCUGGGAUUUUCUGCACUCUGGAGUUCCACUGAACCUUCACGCAUUCAAACGGACCAGUCAUUCAUAAAUUCACAUCGUGCGGAUUGGGCCUGUAUGGUAAAGCUGUUGAUCAUAGGGCAAGAAUAUUGGACAAGAUCCUUCUGUUCCAAGCCUUGUGGCAGGACACCUCAAGGUCAGACAGCCGGUGAAACUUUGUGACACAUUCAUUUUCAAUGGAAUUUGCCACGAUGAGAGAUUUCGCCUCACAGACCUGUGGCUGAACAUUUUGUGUUGUGAGAAGCUUGAGAACCAAAAAUGUGACAAAUGGACAAUCAUACUUAUUUUUUAGCACGAGAAAAAGCAAAACGUCAAAAUAGCAAAAAUACGAUGGCCACCAUAGGUUCUGCUACACGUUUGGAAAGGGAGGGAUGAGGGAGGGUUAUUCAAUUGAUUGCAAUCUGCAGCCCCACCACUAGAUGCCACUAAAUCUUUCGCACUGCACAUUUAAGCUCAAACCUUUUUAAACAUUUCUUUCUGGCUGUAAAUAAACACAUAAAAGAGAGACUGCAUGACACGCAGUAAAUCGAGA